CCAACCCCAAGCGCCCCCCACGCCCCGACCCGACAAACCCCAAAAGUUUUCAGAGUUGUGUCUUUUCAGGUGAGGCGGUGAAGCAAUCAAUAAAAAAAGCAAUCGAUCAGUUUCCAUUCGUCGUAACAAUCCAUCAACUUUGACAAGAAAGCUCGAAACCAUUCGAUAUCUAAAGAAUACGGAGGCGGCAAAUUUUUGGGCUUUACGAAUCUGAAAAACAUCGAGUCAUGGCAAAGAGGUUGUUAAGCGACGAAGGCCACGAAUUUCAGGUUUAUAAUUACUUUCUUUGAGAUCGGUUCUUCAAAAAUAAACAAUAGAAAGUUAAAUCUUUGUUGUUGUUUGUUUGUGUUUGCAUUAAAUUGAAACAACAACGAAGCUUUCUAAUUAAAAAAAAACCUACAGUAGAACCAGUGGUUUAGAAUAUGGUUUAUUGCUUGCUUCUCUAAACAUUUUUUGGUCAGGGUGAGAGAAGGUGUCCGCCUAAUUUAAGGACAAGCUGUCAAGCUGUUAAUCCUGGAGCAGGUGAAGGCAUGAGUGCUGCUGCUGAUCUAGUGGGCACCAACUGGUUCUGGUUGAAGGAGGGUGUUAAUGAAGAGAUAUUGUUGGAGAUACUAGCUAGGCUACCAAAUAGUCUAAAUGUGGUUCAAGCAGGGCUGGUUUGUCACCUUUGGCAUUCCCUUAUCUUCCAGCAGCACUUUAUUCCCAGGUUCAUAGGCCUGCGGGAGCAAAAGAAGAUAGAGCAGCCGUAUUCCAUCAUAUUCCGCAUAGUAGAUAGUAUUGAGUUUGAGUAUGAUGAUGGAGAUGACUCGGAUGAGUAUUAUCAGCCCAUCUGCAAACUAUUUUCGGAAGAGGAUUUUGCUGGGGACAGUUGGAGGUUUAGAAUGCCAAUUUAUUGUUCAAAAUCAAGACAAUGGAGUGAUGAUACAAUGGAGUGAUAAUUCAUGGCAUCGAUAUCCUAUUCCUGCUACCAGUAGGACCCCUAAGCCUAAGCUUUUCAUUAACCCAAUUACUUGUAAUGGAACUAUUUAUUGGUUAAAUUGCGAUGAUGUUCCUGACUGCAUCAUUGCCUGUGAUUUGGUGAACGAGCCAUACUCUAGUGCCUCUAUCAACCUUCCUGAAGGCUCUAUGCCUGGUGGUAGGGGUGUUGUCUCACUAGAGUUGGGCGCUGUCCCGGGGGAACUAAGAUUAUUCAACGUAUUCCGCCUGUCGUCAGGUUACCGGCCAGCAGCAGUCUCGACAUCUCGUUGUUGUUAAAGUUUGGGAGUUGAAUCACAGAACUAAUUCUUGGACCCUCGUUCAUGACACACGCUUCAAUGAUAGGCCGCUGCCGUCUAAUGGCAUCCAAUUAGAAGAAGAAAACACGUUCAAAAUCCGUACGCUUGCUUUCCAUCCAAACGACACAAAUGUGGUCUUCUUGCCUCUUGGUGUGUGGCCGUGGUCAGGGGCGAACCCAGGAAAUUCAUGUUGGGGGUUCAAAAUAUUUUUUGGAGGGCGAAAAUUAUUUUUUGAGGGGCAAAAAUUAUAUUUCUUAUAUAUAUACACUAAAAAUAAAUUUUGUUGGAGGGGCGGUAACCCCUGGGUCUGUACUAUGGUCCGCCCCUGACCGUGGUGUUUUCCAGUAUCACAUCUCACAGGGUGUGUAUGAGAAAGUCGAUGAGCUCCCCACUUUUGUGCCACCAAACGAUCCUCUUACGUCCUUCACUCUAUUUGGCCCACCACCAUGUUGCUCCCUCCGGAAGAAUAAUGAUAAUAGUAAUUGUUAUUAGUGUAUUGACUCUCUCUUACUGUGUGCACACAGAUUUAUCUUAUUGUGAAAGAGACAAUAUUAUUGGUUUGGGAGUGUAAUCUUGACCCCUACCUUUUUUAUUGUGCCCCUCCUGCCACUUUUUUUCUUGUCCUCACUCUUAUUUAUUUGCUUUAGUUGUAACUAAUGUUGAAAAUAUCUCUCAGUAGUAGAUUUAACAUUAUGUAUUAAACGUUAUGGUUGUAAACGCCAACCUUUUGACCCCAC